CGAAUAUCGCAACUAAAAUUUGUGGUAUGUAAAGUAUGAGUGCAUCGUAUUUUCAUCAUUGUCAAGAAUUCAAGAUACCUAAUACUAGGUAAGAUUUGGGCAGCGGCGCGAGGAUCAAUCGAGUCCGACUUUGUUUGGAUAUCAAUAAAGGUGCAAUUAAACGUGCGGCAAUGUCAACAAAGAAUAACGUUAUAAUUAAGGAUGGGACCGCAAUUGAGAGCGCUCUUCUUUUUGAACGCGGAGAAGAAAUGCCGCCCGAACGAAGACUCAGGAGUUGGAUGAUGCAAAUUUUUCCAUCGGUUUUUGCUUCCCUAAUAUGCCUACCAUUUGGCAUAAUGCUCGGAUGGCCGUCUCCAACCUAUCCAAAGCUGCUAGCGCUAACAAGUCCAAUACCGAUCUCGAUGGACCAAACCGCAAUGGUGGCCGGCUUCUUGAUGAUCGGAAACAUUUUCGGAACGCUGAUCUCGGACGGCUCGUUUUUCGGUACCAAGUACGGGAUCAUUCUGGGCCUGUGCGGAAUGCUGGUCGGUUGGAUCCUAAUGUGGUUUGCCGCCGAUAUAUACUAUCUGUUAAGUAGUAGGAUUAUAAUCGGUUUAAGUUUCGGAUACGCCGCUGGUCAGCUCAAGAUAUACAUCAAGGAGCUGUGCGAACCGCAACUGGCGCAGGUCUUAAGCAAAUGUAUCAACUUCUACGCGCUUUUUGGCGUAGUUAUUGCUUACAUUUUGGGCUACUUUCUUAGUUUUACCACGUUUUCAUUGGCUGUGAUGAUUUUGACUGCUGUUCUAAUUGCAAUAUCUCUAUUUCUGCCGCACUCGGCCAGAGAAUACUUGCGGUUCGGAAAGACGAAGGAGGCCGAGACGAUGAUUAAGUACUUAAAGUCGGACGCUAAGAUCGAUUUUGAAAUGCAGAAAUUAAACUUGGAUCUUAUGUUAAAAGCGGACAAUUUCAGUAUUUUUCAAAUGCUACGAAAGGAGAAGCUGCGAAAGCCUUUCGCGGUCGUGGUGCUCCUCACUUUCUUUCAACAGUUUACUGGCGCGCCCGCUACCGUAGUAUACGCGCAAAUGACUCUAAGAGCCACUCAACUUCCCUAUGCUGAGUUGUGCGCCAUAGGAUAUAUCGUUCUAUUUUUUAUUUCCAAUCUUAUAGGCGUAUUUUAUUGUAGUAAAUUCAAUAGAAAAUAUUGUUUAUUAUUUUCAAACAUCGCCGUAAGCGCCACUUUAGUAUUAAACGUCUGCACAUUUUAUUACGACUUUAACAGAACGUAUUGGAAGUACACGUCAUUAGUUUCCUUGUGUUUAUAUAUAUUUUUCCACAGUAUUGGAUUAGCUGUAGUUCCUACUAUGUUAAUUCCGGAUUAUUUCCCCGCGCGUGCUCGAAACGUUGUAUCCAAAGUUCAAAUAAUGUGCUUUUCCGCUUUUGCCAUUAUUAUUACAAAAAUCUUUCAGGUUUUGUAUCACAAUUAUUCCUUGUACGUAGCUUUUCUCCUGUUUUCCUGCAUUUCGAUUGUAAGUGCGUUUUUCAUAGUUGCAUUUGUACCUUACAAACCUUUUGCAUACGUAGAGUCUAAUAAUAAUAUUAAAAACGAAAAAGAGGCGAUCAGUUUGUAAAAUUGUAUGCUUUUUGCUACUUAUGUAAACUUUCUGUGAUAGUUUUAUAUUUAUU